GAAAAAAAUGAUUCUUUUUUAUGCUUAAAUCUGUGAAGUCACAGAACUGGUCCAGAAAGUUUUCUUGUCUCUGAUCCCAAUAAGGCCAUCUCUCUCCUCCAAAAGAUCUGUAAUCAUACCCUCCUUUUCCUUCUCUCUCUAAAAAACCUUGUAGAGAGAGAGUAUAUAACUGCCAUAGAUAGCCAGCCAGCUAGCUCUCCCCAAAGUACAAGUGGUCCUCUUUCCCUAACCCCACCUCUUGUUUAGCAAACCCUUUUCUUCACAUGAUCUCUCAAUCCCAUCCCACAUACACAUUUCACUUUCUUGAUUCUUGUGAGAGAAAGUUUUAGAGAGAGAAGUUUUCUUGAUCAUCUUUUUCUUCAUUUUUUUUUUGAAAAAAAAAACAAUGCAAGAACCACAAGGGGGGUUAGGGAUGAUGGGUGGUGGUGGUGGUGGUUUUGGUGACAUGUCUGUCUCACUUUCCGGUGAUCAGAACCGCCAUAUCAAGGCGGAGAUAGCUAACCACCCACUGUAUGAACAGCUGCUUUCAGCUCAUGUAGCAUGCCUCCGUGUGGCCACUCCUAUUGACCAGCUGCCACUCAUAGAUGCACAACUGUCUCAGUCACAUAAUAUUCUCCGGUCAUACAUCUCCGACCACCAUAAUCAGCCACUUUCACCACAUGAUCGCCAAGAACUUGACCAUUUUUUGGCACAGUAUUUGGUAGUUUUAUGUUCGUUUAAAGAACAACUCCAGCAACAUGUCAGAGUUCAUGCUGUUGAAGCUGUCAUGGCCUGCCGUGAAAUCGAACACAAUUUACAAGCCCUCACUGGAGUAACACUUGGAGAAGGGUCAGGAGCAACAAUGUCUGAUGACGAGGACGAGAUGCCGAUGGAUUUCUCGUUGGAUCAACCCGGUGGCGUUGACGGUGGCCACGACAUGAUGGGUUUUGGCCCUCUUCUUCCUACUGAAUCCGAACGGUCUCUUAUGGAAAGAGUCCGUCAAGAACUGAAAAUUGAACUUAAACAGGGAUUCAGGUCAAAAAUUGAGGAUGUAAGGGAGGAAAUACUGCGAAAGAGACGCGCUGGGAAAUUACCCGGCGACACUACUUCUGUUCUGAAAGAUUGGUGGGAACAACAUAAAAAAUGGCCUUACCCAACUGAAGACGAUAAGGCGAAACUGGUUGAAGAGACGGGGCUACAACUGAAGCAGAUUAACAACUGGUUUAUCAAUCAAAGGAAGAGAAACUGGCAUAGCAACUCUAAUUCAAUGACAGCUCUCAAGUCCAAGCGUAAGCGGUAGAAGAAGAAGAAGAACAAGUUUAAGAAAUCUGAAAAUGAUUUCGUAUAUGAAUAUAUAUAUAAGUAUAAGUUGAUACAGAUAUAUAAUAGUAGGUUUAUUAUGGAGUAUAUCGUGACCAAAAACAAGGGAGGGCAAAACAAGUCGUAACGAAUGGUUAUAUGAUUGAUUUUCUAACACAUCUUCGUUUAAUAUCGUGAUGAAAUAAUUGAGUUGUUAUUUUUAU